UUUGGCGCCCUUGUGGCAGUAUCGCACGCGACCAGCCCCAGAAAAGACGGGCUACUAUGGUCUUCCAACUUAACAGGGAUCGAUAUUACAAUCCCAGAGCAGCCCCAAUGGACCGACGGCCACCUCCAAGCCUUCGAGUCGCCACAAGGCAGCCAAAUCAGCAGAGGAAGCGCACUGGCCUGGAUGGGGCAUCUAAAUGCUCUGCGGUGGUUUCUCUCUACGCCUCUGCAGACCGCCCUCGUCAUCGAAGAUGAUGUCGAUUUCUCUCUGCAUCUACCAUCACAGAUAUCAUCAGCCGCGAACGCCCUCCGCACUCUCCUUUCCCCUGGCGCUCCCGAAACCCGAAACGCAUCGCUCGAUACUGAUCCACUCUUCUGGGCCAACCCCGAUAGCUGGGAUGUCCUCUGGCUUGGCCACUGCAAUGACGCUGCAUCCCCCCAGCAUGUGCUCUCCCAUCCCUCCAUCAGCUACCCCGAUAGACACAUCCCACCGCUAGACGCCAUCGCCCCGCCGGCCUCAGACCUUCUGAAGACGUUCAACCUGUCGGAUACCAGGAUGCUAUACCGGUCAUUUUGGCCGCUGUGCACCUUCGCAUACGCCGUGACGCGCGCCUCUGCCGAAAGAAUUCUAUCUACGUACGGCACUGAAGGCAAGGGCGGGUGCAUUGCAUACGACGUGCGCAUGCUCGAGGCGUGCCGCGACCACGACUGGCGCUGCUGGACGGUGGUACCGGAGCUGUUCCACCAUGUGUCUGGGAACAGCGAGAUUGCUAGUGUGAACACUGGGGCGGAGAAGGAUGGGGAGGGAGAUAUGAGUGGACGGAGGAGGCCGAGCGUGAAUAUCGAGUGUGGGGCAAGGAAUGAGUGGUUGUGGGUUGGGGAGGAAGACGAGGUGGGACGGGAGAGGCUGCUUGGGAGGGUAAGGGAGGCGAGUGCGAAGGGGGAGUGCUUUGUUGAUUGGAUGAGAGGGAAAGGAGAGACGGAAGUGUAG